GGGGUCGCACUUUAGCCCGCUGAGGCAGCGGUGCGGCCUGUAUUGGGCCGUCCGGGGCGGUGUGUGUGAGAGACAGGCCCUGUUUCCUGGUCCCACACAGUGGUGGAAGCAGCAGACCCAGUGAUGGCCUCGGCUCCCAUACCGGCAUACAGCCCCAGUCCUCUGGAGAACAGCUCCAGCCAAAACGCAUCCAGGGAGAAUCUGAAGAUGGAGCUGCUUGCAGAUGUGGCCUUAUUGCCGGGAGAAGAGAGAAUAAUAGACAAAGACCUCAUCUACAUGUGUCCAUUCAAUGGCGCGCUCAAGGGGAAAGUAUUCAUCACCAACUACAGACUGUACUUCAGGAGCACUGACACGGAAUCCACAGUUACCCUAGAUGUACCCCUGGGUAAUAUCAGCAGAAUAGAGAAGAUGGGUGGAGCCUCCAGUCGAGGGGAGAAUUCCUACGGCCUAGACAUCACCUGCAAGGACAUGAGGAACUUGCGGUUUGCUCUAAAGCAGGAGGGCCACAGUCGUAGAGACCUCUUUGGAGAGAUUUUUAAAUACGCCUUUCCCCUCUCUCAUGGACAGCCACUCUUUGCAUUUCUGAGUCAGGAGAAGUUUGAGGAAAACGGCUGGAACGUUUAUAAGCCCAUGGAUGAGUACAGGCGACAGGGUCUGCCCAAUGAGAGGUGGAGAAUUUCAUUUAUCAACUCCAACUAUGAGCUGUGUGACACUUACCCCACCAUUCUGGUGGUUCCUUUCAAAGCUACGGAGGAGGACCUGCGGCGAGUGGCAACCUUCCGCUCCCGCUGUCGUAUACCGGUGCUGUCAUGGAUUCACAGGGACAACCAAGCAGUUAUCAUGCGUUGCAGUCAGCCCCUGGUGGGAAUGAGCGGCAAGCGCAACAAGGAUGACGAGCGCUACCUGGACAUCAUUCGUGAGGCCAACGGCACCACCAAACUCACCAUCUAUGAUGCCAGGCCUAACGUCAAUGCUGUGGCCAAUAAGGCCACAGGAGGGGGUUAUGAAGGGGACGACGCUUAUCAGAACGCUGAACUCGUUUUUCUGGACAUCCACAACAUCCACGUGAUGAGGGAGUCGCUGAAGAAAUUGAAGGACAUUGUUUACCCCAAUGUGGAGGAGUCUCACUGGCUCUCUAGUCUGGAGUCCACUCACUGGCUGGAGCACAUUAAGCUGGUGUUGUCCGGGGCGAUUCAGGUAGCAGAUAAGGUGUCUUCAGGGAACUCUGUGGUGGUGCACUGUAGUGACGGCUGGGACCGCACAGCUCAGCUCACCUCUCUUUCAAUGCUGAUGCUGGACUCCUACUUCCGCACGUUCAGAGGGUUCCAGGUGCUGCUUGAGAAGGAGUGGAUCGGCUUCGGACACAAGUUUGCCUCGAGAAUCGGCCAUGGAGACAAAAACCACGCAGAUCAGGACCGGUCACCCAUAUUCUUGCAGUUCAUAGACUGUGUGUGGCAGAUGACUAAACAGUUCCCAACAGCAUUUGAAUUCAACGAGCAUUUCCUGAUAACGGUCCUGGAUCAUCUGUACAGCUGUCGCUUUGGCACGUUUCUCUACAACUGCGAGAGCGUCCGUGAGAACUAUAAUGUUCGGGCGAAGACUGUGUCUCUGUGGUCUCUGAUAAACAGCAGCCCUUCUAUCUACAUGAACCCUUUUUACACAGCGGAAUCCAGCCACGUGCUUUACCCUGUAGCCAGCAUGCGUCACCUAGAGCUGUGGGUGAAUUACUACAUCCGCUGGAACCCUCGUAUACGGCACCAGCAAAGUCCGGUGGAGCAGCGCUACAAGGAGCUCCUGGCACUGCGGGAUCAGUAUCUUAAGAAGCUGGAGGAGCUACAGUUGACAGACUCCACCCACCUGAGCAACAGCUCCACCCCCAACGCCUCAUCACCCAAUCAGCACAUCACACACCUGCAGACACCCUUCUGAACGCACAGGCACAGCAACAUGCGGGACGUUUGUACAUAGCAAUAGUAAUAAUGAUGAUAACACAAACUGUAAACCGUAGUAAUGUCGACGAUAACAAGUAACAGAAAACAUACGCAAUUAUGCAAUAAUGUCACAAUACGGCCUUCAUAGCGCAGAGUCAGUCAUGUUGUGACACGGACGAGAAGCCUUAAAGAGACAGUGAUAUGUGUAUAUGUUUAUGUGUACUGAGGAAUGGAUUUGUGGGGAUUGUGGGCAAAAGGCUUUAGCUCUUCCUAAACCACUGUGUGCACUAUAGGCUUUGGAUGAAGGGUGGUAAGUGUAUGUAGGCAGGUAGGUAGGUAUGCAGAUGUAGGACUGGGCAGUAUGAUACAAUAUAAUUGUAUUGUAGUAACAAAGUAUACUUCUCUGAGCAUAUCUUUGAUAUGGUAAGUGCUUAAAGAAAACAGACCCACUGCAUAUUUCAUUACAGAGAUUGUAAUUAGUCCUAUUUAUUUGGAGUGCAGGAAAUUUUGUAUAAAAUCACUGUAGUAGAUAUGGGGCAUCGAGUAUGUUUAACACAUUACACAUUAAGUGGUGAGAACACUUUUUCAGAGCGUUGCUAAAACAGAAGAGUUUGAAUAAUCUUAAUCUUAUAGCUGAUGUAUGUUGCGAUGUCAUAUUGCGACUAUGUAUGUUUCAGAAAUCUUUGGAUUUACGUGAGAUUAUGCCAGAUCUUAUUCUGUGAGUUUAUUGGCUGGUUGUAAAGCAAAAAUCUGAGCAAUGUUUCCCAAUUGUCUGAUUACUACAGUUUGUGUAAACACGUUUAUCGUAUUAUUGAUAAACACAGAUGUUCGUAUUAUUAUGAAAUGCAUUUAGACUAGGACUGUGUACUAGCAGGAACUUGGCUAUGUGAUAUGCAUCAUGAUACGGGAAUUGUUUAAGCAAUAAUGCAUGCGAGGGAGCGUGCCGUAGAUCAGCACAGCAGUACCAAUAUUACUCAUUAUAGCACAAACCUUGAGUGUAUUAUUGCAAUUAUACCACAGUUUCAUUAUCGCUGGUUAUUGAAAGAUGAGAAAAUACGAUCAGUUUGGUUAAAAAAACUCCCUGAAUUAAAAUAAUUCCGUUGUUGCUCUGUUUGUAGCUGCGCUGUUUGGCUUGUAAGCGCUGCAUCGUUGCUAGGUUACCUGUUUGUGGCGGAGUAAUACAUGAAGAGCUUCAGUUACAGUGCAUUACCGGCUGAUGAUAGCACUCACAGAACGCCUCUCAGCCAAUCACAUUGCAGGGUUGGAACUAACUGUGGUAUAAUCAACAUAUUGCGAUACUGUAAGCAAUGCAAUCUGUAAUGAUUGUUUAAAUCAAAUUAAGGGGGACAGACAAAGGAAUAAAUCACACCGUCAUAAAUAGAAUUACUUUUUAUGAAAACCAAGAAGAGAAUACAACACAGCACAACACCGUCAACAUCUAGUCUGUGUUUUAACACAACACAAAAUGAAUCACUAUCUUCACAUCUAAACUAAUAUUAAAAUAUUAAACAACAAAAAAUAAGUCAAUAGAGUAUUUAAAAAACUUCUUAUAUUCCUAAUAUAAACACAUACAGUGUUUUAAAUAGCAGUAUUUAAAGGUUUUGCUGCUCUUGGUGCUUUUUGUUAGUGAUACAAGAUAUUGAGAUAAAUAUUUGUACCAUAAAACGGUCAUCAAAUAUUGUGAUAUUAUAUUUUUAUCAUACUGCCCAGCCCUAGGUUGAUGUGUGGGGUAUUCUGUACGUGUUCUGUAGAUGAUAGAUACUUGGAGUGGAUUUCAAACCCAAAAUUAGCUAUUCAAUGCACUGACACUAUGGAGUUUCAUGUCUUAUGGAAACUACCUUCUGAAACGGUGUUAUACAGUGUCUGGUUUAUGAAGAGCUAUGGGCUUUUGCUGGUGUACUGUUCAUUCAAUCCCGCGUCAACCAGAGGAUGCAAACUACUUUUGGUCCUUCAAGCAAUCUUUUGUCAGUGUUGUGGACUUGGUCAAUUUUAAUGACAUGAUCUCACGUGUCUGACCACAAAGCAUUUGUCCUAAGUGAGUUAAGACUGUGUGUGUAUGUGUGCGCGUGUGAGAGUGUUAAUGUUUUAACGUUUCAAGCAUACAGGGCAUUGGCUGCUGACGAUAGAUGCUGUCUACCUGUCUACAGUUUGGGAGGACGACGUCCUGAAAGAAGCUUUUUGGAUGCGCUUAUCAAACAGAACCAGGGUUUUGGGGCUAGAGAGACCAGUUCUGUGCCUUUUUCUGUGUGAGGAGUUCUCUAACCUCAAGUAGAUGUUUUAUAAGCAGAACUUUUUUUUUUGUCUUUUUGUUUGUUUGUUUGUUUUCUGUAGGCGGCAUCAGUGGCAAUGAAGGAUUGAUUUCUUUAAGCUUUCUGUUUUUGGAUAGACAGGAUCGCUAUUGAGUCACCAUGCACCACCAUGCAGGCUUCGGGUUACCUCUUAAAUUGUAGCCAGUACAAUCGCCACGGAUGCUUCAGACGCUAUGGUUUGGGUCCCUUCCUAUGGAUGGGAGUCUGGUGUUCCAUACGAGCUGAAGCUAAAACAAAAACUAACCUGUUGGGAGAAGCUGCCCUUCUGAGCUGUUCCAGAGUCGUCAGUUCUACCUGUUGCAGAUACUGUUUAAAGGCUGGAAAUAAGACUUGACGUACCAGAUCUGGGACAAGCUCAUUGGGGCACCGAGGUGCCAUAACUAAUGCUGCCUCAGAAAAGCGUACCUUUUUGAAGUCUUUGGCCUCAAUGAGGAGAUGAAGUUUAAACCAUAUUGUGAGAAGAAGUAAAAGAAGACGAAGAAGAAGAAAAAAAAAAUCAGCAACGCUUUGCUGUUGGUUGUGUUUUUAGGGGGGGGGAAAUCUAUUUUUUAUUUUGUACAAGAACCGUAACUAUGUAAUUACCUCAACAAAGCCUAUUUUACUGUUGAAAGUUCUAUUGUUGUAAAAUAUAGUUAUUUUAUUCAGUGUAAAAUUUGACAGUUUUAUACAAAGGAAAGUAAUAAGAAACCUUGUUUUGAUUGGUUGAACUGUUGGUAAUUCGUGGACAUCAUUAUAUUUCUUUACUUAACGGGCAUUUAGGCUUGCUUUUGAACAUCAUAGAUCUGAGAACUCUCAGUUAUCUGUAGGGAAUUUUUGUUCUCAAGCCCUUUACUCUGUGUGAGGCUGAGUGAAGGAAAUCUGCACUCAUGUUUUUUUUCCCCAGGUUUUUUUUCUCUCAAGGUUUGGGGGGGGGGGGGGGGGGGGGUUCUUUAUUUGACAUUGGUUUGUGUUGUUUGGGGUUUUUUUAGGGAUCAGCUUUUGUCUUCUGUUCUCCCUCAUGUAUGCUCCACUGUUUGAUGGCCGCCUAUUGUUCUGUAAAUAAUGCUGAUUAAAUUAAUUUAAAGAUUUCACACAUA